AUGGAGAACAACCUGAGCGCCGCCCGAGCCUCCCGGCGCUACCUCGACGAGCGCCUGCGCAACGACUGGGAGUAUCCCGACGUGCCUGCCAUCUGGUCAGCCUCGGACGAAGAGGUGCGCGACGCUGCCGACUUUCGCGAGCGCUAUUACGGCGAGUCGGAAUCUGGAGACUCGGAUCAAGAAGACGAAGGUGUCGGCCCGUACAGGUUCGACAACCCAGAGAGCAUCGGCGAUGCGGUAGCGAGCACAAGAGAAGCGCGCAGAAGGCGCCGUCGAGAGAGGCUGGAGCGCGAGAUGAAAGACAACGAAGGGCUGAGGAUCUGGGUCGAGCGGCGAGACGUGUGGACGGGCGCAGCGAGCGUGAAGAAGUACGGCACGAACCGCCAAAGACAGGCCAACCGCCCGUCUUCUGCAGCAGGCUACUCGUCCGAAGAGCACGCCGUCACACCCACCGGCUCUGAAUCGCACUCCAUCACCAGCGCCACGCCCGACACCUUCGACCUCGUCCCCGUCGCGCCGCGUCUCCUCGAGGACAACCCGAUCCGUGCCUCCAUCACCCCCAAAGCAUACCGCGACAUCUUCCAGAAGAUCGUAGUCUCGUCGCGCACGCCCUCAGUCCCCAUCAACCUCGCAGACAUGACCAAGGCGCUGGUACAAGGCUGGAAAGACUCGGAUGAGUGGCCUCCAAGGGUAGCUGCGGUUGACCCUCUUGCCGGUAAGAAGCGCACUAUUACCGGUACUCCAUCCAACGGCCAUCACGGAGGUUUCAUAGCCCGGCACCCUCACCUGGAGAAGAGUGUCGACGGCAUGAAGCGGAUCCUGCAUCUCAACGGGCACCACGAACAUGGGCACGAACAGGACAAGGAGCAUGAGCAGGCUGGGAAGGAGGGCUGA